AUGGGGAAUAAAUGUUGUUCACAUGAGAACUCGACCAAACGGGUGGUUCCCGCUGCCAAUAAUGGGCCCAAGAAGCAAAACUUUUUCAGCGCACUAUUCGCCAAGAGCCGGCUGGAUACGUCGACGUUGGCACACGGCUUUCCUCCGCCUGUAAGUUUCGAUUUUUUGUUUUUUACAAGUUUUUUAGGUAUGGCAGGGUAAAAUUUAAUUUUUUUAAUAAAGGAGGGUUUAAGACGUUAUUUUUUCAGGGCAGGGUAAAAUAAAAAUAUUUUUUUUGCGGGCAGGGCAAUAUAACAACAUUUUUUUAAGCAAAGUAAGAUAAAAAAUUUUUUUUGGGCAGGGUGAGGUUAAAUUUUUUUUGGGCAGGGUAAGAUAAAAAUAUUUUUUUUUGGGCAGGGUAAGAUAAAAAUAUUUUUUUUGGGCAGGGUAAAAUAAAAAUUUUUUUGGGCAGGUUAGGAUAUAAUUUACUGUUUUUUGGGCAGGGUAAUAAAAUUAAUUUGAAUUUAAAAAUUCACCCCACACCCUCUUAUGAUUACAGGUCGGUGGAGAGAUGCCAGUAGGCGAAUCCUUCUACAAAGAGCCGCGGCGUGAGGCAGAGCCUCGCAAGGACGCCCAAUUACUGAACAAAUACGAAGUAAUUUCCAUAAUUGGCAAGGGGUCCUUUUCACAAGUCUUGCGAGUUCAACAUCGAUUGACAAAACAAUUUUACGCGGUAAAACUGGUUAGUUCCGAUUCGGGUAAGUUUUAGUGGUUAGCAGUGAGAGUGACUAUUACUAUUAUAUGGUCAGUGGACGGGAGGGGGGGGUCGAUACGGUUUUUUUGGCGGAGAAGGGGGGAGGGGGGGGAGAGAGGAGGGUAGAUCCAAAAGGGCAGCUAAAAUAUAUUUAGCUUUAAAAAAGCAAUUGAAAAAAAAAUUUUUUGGGCGGGGUAAAUUUAGCAAAAAAAAUUUUGGGGGUAGAUAAAAAAUUUUUUUUUAAAAAGAAAAGUUAAAAAGAUGUAGGGGGCUAGGCAACUCAAAAAAAAAUUUUUUUGUGGCGUGUUAAAUUUAAAAACAUUUUUUUGGGGGUAAGGAAGUAAAAAAUUAUUAAAAAACUACCCCCUUCUUUUCUAAUUUUCGACUAACCCUUUGUCAUUUUAAUCAUUACCUCAAUUAAAAACAAAAUUUUCAAUAAAAAACUAACCAAAAAAAAUUUUUCAGACAUCAACGCGGUGAACAACGAGCUGUCGAUUCUGAGCCGAGUACAACAUCCAUUUGUGAUACGAUUGGAAGAGGUGUUACAUGGAGCCAACAAGUUGUUUAUUGUUAUGGAAAUGGCAUCGGGCGGGGAAAUGUACGACAGGGUGGUGUCUAAGGGACGGUACACUGAGACUGAGGCGCGGUAAGGCUUUUUAAGCAAAAGGGAAGGGUGGGGUGAGUGGGGGAUGGCUUUUAAAUAGUGGUAAAAGCGGGUGGGGGGGGUGGGGGGAGAGAGCGUGGAAAAAAAAAUUUUUUUUUGGUAAAUACAGAAAGUAAAAAUGGUUUUUUGGAAAAAAAAUUUUUUGGCGUGGUAAUUUUUUUGGGGGGGGGGCGUUUAGACGCGCAAAAUUUGUUUUGUAAAAAUUAUUGGCUUAGCUAAAAUAUGUUUUUUUUUAAAUUCAAAAGCAAUUUUUUAAAAUUAUAAUUUAACUUUACAGCCAAGCCCUCCGGAUGCUCCUCAACGGUCUCUCCUACCUCCACGACAUGAAAAUAACCCAUCGGGAUCUAAAACCCGAAAAUCUUCUCUAUUCCGACACCAGGCCUGAUGCUAGACUACUAAUCACAGACUUUGGCUUAGCCAACCAGUCCAAGCAGCCUGGUGAGAAAAUGAGCGAAACUUGUGGUACUCCAGAGUACAUAGCACCCGAAGUCUUGUUGAGAAUACCGUACACAAACAAGGUUGACAUGUGGGCGGUGGGAGUUAUUGCUUACAUUCUGAUGUCAGGUAUCAUGCCAUUUGAUGAUGAUGUGAGGUCACGGUUGUAUACUCAUAUCAUCACCGCUAAUUAUGUGUAUUAUCCACAGGUAGGGUAAUAUCUACUUAUAUAUAGUAGGGUAGAGUAGGGCACGCAAGGGGGUAUAGUAUGGUUUGGUAGGGGAAGGUAAAGCACGCUAAGACAGGCCAAGGCAGGAUAAGUUAGGGUAAGGAGGGGCAGGAUGGAUCAAGGUAAUGUGGGCAGUGUUUUGCCGGACCGGUCCGGAUGAGAAUUUUUUCGGUCCGGUCCGGUCCGAAAAAUUUUCGGUCCGGUCCGACUCUAUUUUUUUUCGCUCAGGUCCGGUCCGGUCCGGAAAAUUUUUUUUUUUAUUUUUAAAAAGAGCCAGGAGCGCUAAAACUGCUUUCUUUACGUUUAAAAACUCUUAAAAAUAUGUUUUAUUUGCAAUUUUUAAAACAGUUUUAUUAAAGUAAAAAAAAAUUUUUUUCCGGGCCGGUCCGGAACUUUUUUUUCGGUCCGGUUCGGUCCGAAAAAUUUUCGGUCCGGUCCGGUCCGGUCCGGCAAAACACUGAAUGUGGGUAGGGUAGGGUAGGGCUCAAUUUACAAAACCUAAAAUAGUAUUAAUACGUUUUGUUACAGUACUGGUCUGGAAGUGAGCACGCUAAAAUGUUUGUGGACUCUUUACUAGAGCUGAAUCCUGAUAUUCGACUAUCGGCCAUUGAUGCCCUACGAAACGAUUGGAUUCUGGGUGAAAACAAAGUUCAUCUUAACGUCAGUAUCAAAGCCAGGCCAGCUUCUGAAUUCAAUUCUAUGCAGCGGGUGGGUCAUUUUUUAAAAUUUGAAAAAAAUUUGAAAAUUAAAAAAUUUUAAAAAAAUUUUUUAAAUUUUGUUGUUAAAAAAGUUUUGUCGUUUUGUACCGUGCAAAUCCACGCAAAUUGGCGACAGGACUUUUUCUUCAAAACAUAAAGAAGCACGUAUUUUACAAAAAAAUUUUUAGACCAAAUCAACACGGUCGAUUCGCUCAGUCACACGUUCCGACCAUGGUCAUCGUGUCGAUCCUAGAGAGGUGGACAAGCUGUCACGUGAACUGCAACGUUUGGCCAAGUCAAGGACACGUGACUCGUCGGCUUAUGAACAACAAACCAAAAACUAUGGCGUGCUUUAG